AUGACGGAGGACAUGUUAGGAGCUGAUAUCUGCCGAGUGUGUAGAUCAGAAGGUCUAUCGGAUCGACCACUCUUCCACCCAUGUAUCUGCACUGGCAGUAUCAAGUGGAUCCAUCAGGAAUGUUUACUUCAGUGGAUGAGAUACUCGAGAAAAGAGUACUGUGAAUUAUGUGGCCACAGAUUUUCGUUUACGCCGAUUUACAGCCCAGAUAUGCCGCGACGUUUACCUUUGAAGGACGUCGUCGGCGGGUUAUUUUCGAGUGUCGUAACAGCUGUCAGUUACUGGUUUCAUUAUACUUUGGUGGCAUUGGCAUGGCUGGGUCUGGUACCUUUGACUGCUUGUCGUACUUAUCGGGCAUUAUUUAGUGGAUCAUUAGAUCUAGUAAGAAUAAUGUCACUACCCAUGGACAUGCUGUCACUCGACAACAUAUCAUCAGACGUGUUCCACGGGUGCUUCGUCGUAACUUGUACUUUGUUUGCCUUCAUCGGACUGGUAUGGUUGCGAGAGCAGAUCCUACACGCAGGUGGACCUGAUUGGUUGGAAAGAAAUGUCCAGCAGUUACCAGCGGCUGGAAAUAAUCAAGCGGCCGUAGGACAGCAACAGGUACAAGAUCUUCCUGGACAACCCGAAGUCCGAGGUGACAACAACAAUGUCCCGCCAUUCGUUGACGAACCUCCGCGUCCAGCAGACGGUAACGACGAUGACGAACAGCCGAUGUACCGCGAAGUCGCUGACAACAGUCCCAAUAACGCAGUUGCAGCCGAGGCUGAAGAACCUAAUAACGAAAAUGAAAAUCCUGAAGAAGCUCAAGGUGACGGAGCCGCAGUAGGAUGGCGCGGACAAGUGCAGGAUCAAGCUCAAGCCCCCGGAGAAGCCGAGGAAGCCAACUGGAAUCCAAUGGAAUGGGACAGACCUGCUGAAGAACUUACUUGGGAACGUCUACUCGGACUAGACGGUUCGCUUUUAUUUCUGGAGCACGUUUUUUGGGUGAUUUCUUUAAACACUGUAUUCAUUCUGGUGUUUGCUUUUUGCCCUUACACCUUCGGGUACUACACAAUUGCCGCCCUGGGACUUAAAGAACACGCCGCUGCAUCGCACUUCGAAGGAUUGGUAACGACACUCUGCGGGUACGGCGUAAUCGGAGCCAUCCUUGUGAUUUUGCACACAAUAGCCGCACUAUUUGGUUUGCAACGUUCGCAGCGUGUCUUAGGGCUGGGUUACGUAGUUGUGAAAGUAUCUCUGCUCUCGGUAGUCGAGAUUGGAGUGCUGCCUCUGGUCUGUGGCUGGUGGCUCGACAUUUGCUCAUUGGCUAUGUUUGACGCGACACUGAAGGACCGUGAGUCGUCAUUCCGACUAGCGCCAGGAACAUGUAUGUUUAUUCACUGGCUCGUUGGGAUGGUAUACAUCUACUACUUCGCUUCCUUCAUCCUCUUGCUCCGCGAAGUGCUAAGACCUGGCGUACUAUGGUUCCUGCGGAACUUGAAUGAUCCAGACUUCUCCCCAAUUCAGGAGAUGAUUCACUUGCCGAUUCUACAGCACGUACGUAGACUGAUAGUGUCUGCGGUUAUCUUCGGCACGGCUAUUUUACUGAUGCUCUGGCUGCCAAUCAGGCUCUUGAGAUGGGCAUGGCCUGGGUUUUUACCUUACACAGUGACCGUGCAGACUGAGUCUCAAGUAAGCGAGUUAUCAUUGGAGCUACUGCUUUUGCAAGUGAUUUUACCGGCGUUGCUAGAGCAAUCGCACACGCGAACCUGGCUAAAGGCACUAAUUCGAGGAUGGUGUCAAGCUGUCGCCUGGAUACUCGACCUUCAGUCUUAUUUGCUGCGUGACCAGCGAGAUGAUCAGCAAGGACCCGCUGUAAUUGAAGAACCACAGCACCCAGGACUGGGCGCCGCUCAUCAAGCAGCAGCUCAGCAAGCUCAGAUGCUGCAUCGAGACAUUCCUACUGGUUAUCAACCAUAUGUACGGACAAAAUGGUUUCCGGCGAGACUUGUUGGACUGUUGAUAUGUGUCUGUAUUUCUCUGGUAAUUGCCAGUCUCAUUGCUAUGACUUUGCCAGUCUGGUUGGGACGCAGGGUUAUGGCACUAUGGAUGGUUGGAGCUCCUGCACCUUCACCACCUGUUUUACCACCAACUCUAUCAGUAAAUAGUGUAGGCGAAGCCAUGGUCGUAUUCUCAGGACGAGUUCACGAGAUUUAUACCGUCGCUUGCGGUACUUACGUUUGUUGGGCAGCAGCUCGUGGGCUAGCUCUCGCACUUUCAUGGUUACCUCGCGGUCGGCGAGCAAUCUUGGACAGAAUAAAACAUUGGGCGAUUGUUAGCGUGAGAGCUUCGAUAGCUUUUGUUCUGCUGGUCGGCGUAAUACCGUUGCUAUUUGGCCUUUUAUUAGAAUUAGUGGUAGUGGUACCGCUCCGGGUACCUUUGGAACAAAAUCCCAUUUUAUUUAUAUGGCAAGAUUGGGCACUAGGUGUUCUUUACACUAAAAUAGCGACGGCCGUGAUAAUGAUGGGUCCCGAGUGGCGACUUCGUACUGCUAUUGAAAAGGCUUACAAUGACGGUGUCAGGGAAAUGGAUCUUAAAUUCAUAAUAAAAGAAAUAGCAGCGCCUGUUAUUUGUGUCUUUGGACUGGCACUAGCAGUACCUUAUGCCUUUGCUUAUGGUAUUGUACCAUUAUUCGUAACAAAUUUACAAACACAAAUACUGAUCGCUAGAUGUCUUUAUUCCGUACUACUUUGGAUAAUAUUUGUUUGUGUUUUGAUAGUAUUUCACAUACGACAAUUUAAAAAACUUUAUGAGAGAAUUAAAAAUGACAAAUAUUUAGUGGGACAGCGGUUGGUUAAUUACGAGCAUCGAAAUAAACAAGCGCAGAGAGUUACUAAUUAA